CGGAGGCUCCUGAGAUGAUGUGAUCCAUGGAGUCGCUCUCUAUUCUUACAUCGCCUCGCCGUGGUGCAGGUACACCUGCAAGAGGCUACAGUGCCCGUUCCUCGGUGGAGCAACCAGCAGAAGAAGUACUCGUCGAUGACGAAGCCGAAGAUGUCAGCUCAGCUUUCAUGCUCAGAUUGGCCGUCGUAGCAGGCACAGGCGGACUCCUGUUCGGCAUAGAUACCGGCAUCAUCGCGUCUGUACUCGUCACAAUUGGGGAUGAUCUCGGCCAAGAGCUGUCAGAGGGCCAGCAAGAGAUGAUCGUGUCUGCGACCAUCUUUGGAGCCAUCCUGGGCUCACUGGCAGCAGGCUUGCUCAGCGAUUGGAUGGGAAGGAAGAAGACUGUACUGCUCGCAAGUGUAUUCUUCACGAUUGGAUCACUCGAGCAAGCCGCGUCCCAAGUCGUCAAAGAGCUUGUUCUGGGCAGGGUCAUCGUCGGCCUGGGCGUCGGUAUAGCCUCAAUGGUCAUUCCAGUCUACUUUGCCGAGCUUGCACCCGCACGGUUCAGAGGCCGACUUGUCUCUGCGCUCGUCGUACUCAUCACGGGCGGUCAAGUGCUCGCGUAUGUCAUUGGCGCUGCUUUUGCCAACGUACAACACGGAUGGCGAUGGAUGCUCGGCUUAUCUGCUGUGCCACCGAUACUCCAGCUGAUCAUGUCGUUCUCCCUGCCAGAGACGCCGAGAUAUCUGCUCAAGAUCGGUCAGCUUGCGCGUGUGCGACAGGUCCUAGCGAGCGUAUACCCAGCCCUGACCGAAGAUGACGUGCAAGCGAAAGUAGAUGCCAUGCGACUUGCCAUGGACAGUGAGUCCAGAGAAAAGCCAGGAACGAGAGAAGCGUUCAAGAGGCUCUGGAGUGAUUUGGCCAACCGCCGUGCUCUCAUUGUCGCCAUCGGUCUACAAUUCUUCCAGCAAGCGACAGGCUUCAAUACGCUACUAUACUACUCAGCUGUACUGCUCAAGUCUGCGGGCUUCGACAAGCCAGCUGCAAUGGCCAUCUUUAUCGCUCUAUCAAAUUGGAUAUGUACAAUGAUUGCUCUCCGACUCAUUGACAGAGUGGGCCGACGCACGAUGCUCUUGCGCACGCUAGCGAGCAUGACAGCGGGAGCUGCCCUGCUCGCAUUCAGUUUCAUCUUCAUCAACACUCACCAGGCCGUCGAUUUGCAAGCAAAGGGUGCAUCUGCCUGGGCCUACCUCGCGCUGAUAGGAAUGAUAUGGUUCUGCGCUUCUUAUGCGCUCGGUCUGGGCAACAUCCCAUGGCUCGUACAGAGCGAGAUCUUCGCUUACGAUGUCAGAGCGCUUGCUAAUUCGCUAGCCACAGCCACAAAUUGGAUCGCCAAUUUCGUCGUCGCUUCGACGUUCUUGCAUCUGACGGCUGCCAUCAGUCCAGCAGGCGCAUUCUUCCUGUUCGGCCUGUUGACCAUCUGUGCUCUCAUCUUCGUGUACCUGCUGCUGCCAGAGACUAGAGGUCUCGAUCUCGAAAGCUGUCGGAGACUCUUUGAUUCGAGCAGCACAGCGGACUAUACGGAAGUCGCAACGAGUUGAUGCUCAGUCUGCAAAUGUCAUGUUGCUUGUGCAAUUAUGCAAUCACAUCAUGUAUCAC